AUGACCGAUGACCGAUGGAGAGCUCAGGACCUGAAGAUUUCCUGUAGCGCUGGAUACCCUAUUGUUGAGGCAAUGCCUCCAGUAGCAGAAACCUCAGAGGCACCGAUCAAACUCAGCACAUGCGCAAAGUCUGUGGUAUCUCUGGCAUACGUACUCUUGCUAGUGGCUGGCAUUCUUGGAAACACUCUGGUUCUUCGAGUCCUGCAUGGCUUCCGAAGCGGGCGUAGCGUGCAGGCUUCUCUCAGGCACCAUAUGUGUAGCCUGGCAGCCUGCGAUCUCCUGCAGUUGGUACUUGGCAUUCCAGCAGAGCUGUACGGAAGUAUCUGGAGUUCUUUCCCGUGGCCUUUGGGCACUGCUGGCUGUCGAGGCUUCUACUACUUGUGGGAGGUUCUUUGUUAUGCUGCCAUACUCAAUGUGUUAUCUCUAAGCUGUGAAAGGCAUCGGGCCACAUGCCAACCCCUGAGUCUUCACCUACGAAAAGCCUCAGGUGUGCGUCUCCGUCUCUGUCUGCUGUGGCUUGCUUCUUUUCUGGCUGGGCUUCCAAUAUUUUUCUCCAUGGGUUUAGAAGACGUCUAUGAAGAAGCUGUGAAGGGUCAACUGUUGGUGUGCACACCACUCAACCACUGGAGGGGGCUUUUCACCAUUGGCGUCUGGAUGUCCUUCGUAACCUAUCUGGGUGUUCUGCUGGUUGUGGCUGUAACCUGCUGGAGGAUGAGGAGGGCACUGGAGGAAAGCGGGACCUCCCUGGAGGUCCCAGGACCCGGUGGGUCUGUCCAGCUACUUGGCAGAUGUUGCAGUGGACAGACGAUCGCAGUCCGUAGACAGAAUGCGCGAAUGCUGGGAUGCAUUGUUGGAGCGUUGGCUGUGUGUUGGUUACCUUUUCAGGCUCGGCGUCUAAUGACGGUCUUGCGCAGGAAGAAUGAAUGGACGGAGAUCUAUUAUCGUUCGUAUAUUACCCUGCAGCCCAUCACCCACUGCUUCUACUACCUCAGCUCUUGCCUCAUCCCUCUCCUUUACAAUCUGACAUCACGAAGCUUCCGUAGAGCCUUCCUGCACAGCAUCACACCCUGUGCAAAGGGACCACCAUCUGCGCCGUCUGCUUCCUGGCAUGUCCCACAUAGGGAAGAAGGGAUCAGAUUGCCCUUAACAGGACAAGACACCAGGCUCGUCGGGAGAGGGAGCACCAUAUCGACAUCUACCCCAAUGCAAUCAACAAUCUAA